AUGUCUGCCCUGAGGCCGAUUUCUAACAGAACCUCCCAGCAGGCCUUGUCUAACUCUGAUUACACCUGGGAGUAUGAGUACUAUGAGUAUGGACCAGUGUCGUUUGAAGGCCUGAAGGCUCAUAAAUAUUCCAUUGUGAUUGGAUUUUGGGUUGGUCUUGCGGUUUUUGUCAUCUUCAUGUUUUUUGUCCUGACCCUGCUGACCAAGACGGGAGCACCACAUCAAGACAAUGCAGAACCUUCUGAAAAAAGAUUUCGCAUGAAUAGUUUUGUGGCAGAUUUUGGAAGACCUCUAGAGUCGGAGAGGGUCUUUUCCCGUCAAAUAGCUGAAGAAUCCCGGUCACUUUUCCAUUUCUGUAUUAAUGAAGUGGAACAUUUGGACAAAGCAAAACAAAGUCACAAAGGUCCAGGUCUGGAGAGUAAUAUCCAGUUCCAGGAAGUUCCCAGGAGCAGUGGAAUGUUUGAGGGGGACCUAAAUUGUCUUACGAAAUUUAACAUUCCUAACUUUGUGAACACUGAGCAGAAUUCUUCGCUAGGUGAGGAUGAUCUCCUCAUCUCGGAGCCACCAAUCAUUUUAGAAAGUAAAUCGGUCAUGCAAUCUUCUCAUCGGAUCCUUGACUGAAAAGUCUUUUUACUUUAAGGUAAACAUUCCUGUUAUUGUCCAGUUUGAAGCCUUUCUUGGCCUUCUGGUAUUCUGAUAGAAGGUAUUUCAGACCUCUGCUUUUUAUGGUACAUAAGACUGGCUGUGCUGACAGAACUCAGUUCAGACAAGAAGUAAAACACUGGAUGCUUUAUUCUGAUGCCUUCUGUCAUGGUCUAAACAUUUUGCCCAACAUUAUUUUUGCUUCCUGAUUAUUUGUUGUUGUUUUGUUUUUUGUUUUUAAAUGACUGCUUAUGUCCAGCUUCUGAAAGACACCAUAGUAAUUUGCGGGGACUGUGAAGGCUGGAGCCUGGCAUUGGGAGGUGUGUGAAAACUCCUCAGCUAAGAAAAGCGUAAACCUCAAAUUAAGACUGAGGCGAGGAAUAAACAGGCAGCCCCUGGGGAGGUUCUGCAGCUUCGGCCGCUCCCCAAAAGGACACCUAAAACUGAGCAGCACAAUGGAUAUCUGCUUGGCAUUAACUGCUGUUUCUGGUUCCUGACUGCUUUUCGGUACAGGUUCAAACCCAACUUACAAAGCUUCCAGAGGGAAUACCUUGCAUGUGAAAUUGUUUGAUUACAGUGUUUACAAAAUGCUACCACCACCUGCUGCUGAGUAAAAGCAAAUUAGUGCCUGUAAUUAUAGUACUUCAGAGUGACAUCCUGACAGUUGCCCAGUAAUGACCUGGAAUUAGUAUUCUACACACAAAUAGACAUUUGGCUUUUGUUUGGGUUUUGUUUUUUUCUUUUAAUUGCUGAUGCAGACUUCCAGUUUGGUAAGUGCGGAUUCAGUAGUUCAAUCACAGGAGAUCAGAUAAAAGCUGUUCUUCCUUUGCCAAGAGUUCCUAUGUGCGAACAGUGGUGUUAUAUUAAGCUGGUGUUGCAGUUUGCUUAUAGGCUGAACCUUCCCAUGCUUUUUUUGGCUCUGUAAAUGGCCCUUUUUUGACCAGCGGGCCAGUGAAGGGCUGGCAGGCUUUGAGCUGUUGAGAGGACCAGCUCCAAAAGCACAGCUGAGCUGCGCUUGCUCCAUCUUCUUUUUGUAUUCAUUUGGGAUGGUGUUGCAACCACAACUGCUCUCCCAGGGAGAGGUUUGUUAAGGAAUGGAAUGGGUAUAAUUUCAACCCUUAAGUUUAUUUUUUUUAGAGAGAGAAUAAGGUUCUGAACCUUAGCCAGCGCUUACAUUACUUCUCAGCUUUCUUCAAAAGAUGGUAACUCCUGGCCAAAUGGUUCCAGGGCAAGCACAUAGGAUGCAGGGGCGCGGGGUUAAAAUCCUUCACUGGAUUUGGAGUAAGAGCACUCUGGGAGGUUCUUAACUGAAAUGAAACUAGUGGCUUCAAGAUACUGUGCCUCACUGGGUUUUCUUGAAACUAGCCUGCUUUGUAUACAUCAUGUUUGUGUCAGAGUGAAAAUGCAGCAAUAUGAGACCGAUACAUUCUUCAGACACUUAAAUGGUGAUUAAUUCAUUCUUCCUUCACCUGACAAAUAGAAAAAAUAGUGAAUGGGUUGUGUAUUUAAAGAAUACAAAGUGGGGGAAACCUCUUUUAUAAUUAAGGGCACAGGAGAUAAAACCAAACCACUUACACGUAAAUUUCCUGUUUCCAAAUGCAAUUUUUGCACUACUUCCUAGUGUUUAAAGUAAUGGGGUUAUACUUAAAGCAAAGCAGAAACUGUUCAAAACUAGCAGAUUACUGUUGGAUAUAGUUCCCAAGAGGAGACUGAAGUGACCCAGGUUAGAAAAGAGCGUGGCUGCGUGGGUUGCAGCGCAGGUCUCCAGCAUGCAGAAAAAGGUGCAGAAAAAGCCUUCUCUUACAGUAAGUACUUCACCACAAGUAUGAAGGCCACAGCUGUGGACUUUUCCUUUCCCAAAUAAAGAAAUUUGGGAAAUCUGCUUUCUGAAUGUGGCAACUGCUUCCUGCUGAGGCAGCUCAGACAACUGCUGGCUAUCUGAUGGUUGGGCUUUGUCUGAACUGAAGCUCAGUAUUGUUCUUGCCAACAAGCUCUGGGACUUCUAAAUGUAGCUUCUAUAGCCUAUUUCUGGGUGAGUGAGCUGCCUUCAGUGAUGUCUGAUCUAUUCUUUUCUAAUUUUUUCCUUUACCAUGCUUGAAAACAGAAAUUCUGCUUAAAUGAGGGGAAAACUCGCACAGAAUCCAGAUCCUCUGCAAUUGAGAAGUGAAGCUUAAUUUUAAAGGAUUUAAAACCAGGUUUAAAAAUAAUGAAGGUCUAGUUUUAGAAAAGAAAAGCUUGCUAUUCCCAGUGGGCUAACCUAAGCUUUUCUUCUGCUACCUUAAAUCAUUGUGGCUUUUAUUGCUGGGCUCAUAAUUGCUGCUUUGGGGAGAAAGGAGGAGUAUUCAUAUGUAUGGAUGCUGGUUACACUUACCGCCUAGAUGAAAAGUAUUUAAUAAAAUUAUCAAGGGCUAAUACCAGCUUAACUUAGAACACACUUGAAUUGUAUUUUUAGUGUCCUUCUGAAGCAUGUAUUAAUCCUGUAGAGGUCUGUAAGUGUUUGGUUCCUGCUUCUGUUUGUCCCUGAUGGUGGUUCUACUUUUUCGAUCUUCUCUCCCUUCUAUCUUUAAAGUCCUUCACGCUGCUUUUUACAGAAAAACAACCUGGCAGUCCCCACGGCGCAGCUCCCACGUGACUUCAGAAGUGCUGCAGCAGCAAUAGUCUGAUUCAGAUUUUUGCUCUGCCUCUGCAUUAGAGCAGAGUCAAAGACAAACGCGGAAACUUUCUGCAGUCUUCAAAAGCAGUUAUUUUAAAGCUGUUCUUUGUUUUUCCUUUUUUAAGAGCUAGUAAUAGACACGAUGUUUUGCCUCAGGGGAAAGGCGAUUGGUGUAAUGACUGACUUUUGAAUAUAAUUUUUAAAAAGAUUCAUCUUUUCUGAGAAAACACCAAGAGUUGGUUCACUAUGAAGUAAAUAGAAACUGUUUUGACAAGGGUAAUCCUUCAAAAGGAGUACUCAGAAUUCAGUGGUGUUUGAAAACACGAUUUUUGCAAGUUUUCUUACUGCUUGGGCCAUCUGUUUCAGAGCCUCAUCUCAAAACUCAUUAAAAAUGCUUUACCUGUUGUAGAUCUAACUUCAUGGAGAGUUCCCCUAAGAUAAUUACAUAUGUUUGUUUGCAUAAACAUGUAUUGUAGUCUGUAAGAACUUACUAGGUCAAGUUAUGUAUUCCAGUUUUCAAAUGUGAGUAUUUGUGAAAUGUUCUUACCGUAAACAAGUUCUAGUUGUGUACCUUUAAGACAAACAAAACACACACAAAAAAACCCCAACCCAAACAAACAAACAAAACCCAAAAAAGGUAUACUAUAAAAUCAGAAAAUGCCUGUUCAUAGAGAAAAGAAAGGGAAAGGUAACCCCAUGAACUUCUCUACUAAAAGUCCAGUGCUACACGGUCUCUGAGGCUAAAAGGUGAAGUAAAUGAUGGGUAUUUGCCAUGCAUUUUAGUAUUUAUGUACCUGAGCUGUAGAUGUUGAGUACUUUAAUACUGACAUUUUUAGCCAUCCUGUGGUUAAAAGAACCCACAAAACCCUUCAUAAGCCACUGGCAAAGGAAGAAUUCAAGCGUGCUUUUUCCUCUUCUACUCUGCCCUAUCCUCCUGGCAGUGAAAGAUGACAAAGCUAAAUACGCCGCCGGAGAUGCUGCGGAGCUGCACUAGUAGUAGUCUCACUAUGCGAGUGAACAAGUAGCCUCAGCUGUUGCCAGGUAGCAGGGACGUUCUCCAACAAGAGCAAGAGUUGGAGGCCUGUGGUUUCCUUGUUUUGGACAUGAGGUACCUAGUUAGCUGUGUGAAAGGCUAAAUGUUAUGAUUCAAAGUUACCAGGGGACUUUCUGUUCAAAAGGGGCAGGGCAGCGCUCGAUGCAAGGCGCCCUUCCCUGCAGAACUGGACUUGCACAGCUAGUGCUAGUACAUAGAUCCAUUUUCCUUCUUUUUUUUCCAGAAUACGUUAAAUACUGGCUAUU